CACCCGGGGCUUUGUUACGUCGUCGCCAACGCCACGCAACUGGCCGCGAGCGCGUCCCGGCCGCUGCAGCCCGGAGCGGGGUGCCAGCCGCCGCCGCCACCGCCAUGGUGUCCCCGGUCACUGUGGUGAAGAGUGAGGGACCCAAGCUGGUGCCCUUCUUCAAGGCCACCUGCGUGUAUUUUGUGCUCUGGCUGCCCUCAUCCAGCCCGUCGUGGGUCAGCGCCCUCAUCAAGUGCCUGCCCAUCUUCUGCCUCUGGCUCUUCCUUCUGGCCCAUGGCCUAGGAUUCCUGCUGGCCCAUCCCAGCGCCAUCCGCAUCUUUGUGGGGCUCGUCUUCUCCGCAGUAGGCGAUGCCUUCCUCAUCUGGCAGGACCAGGGCUACUUUGUGCACGGUCUGCUGAUGUUUGCUGUGACCCACAUCCUCUACGCCUCGGCCUUUGGCAUGCGGCCACUGGCUCUUCGGACAGGUCUGGUGAUGGCAGUGCUGUCGGGCCUGUGCUAUGCCUUCCUCUACCCGGGCCUCUCAGGUGCCUUCACCUACCUGGUGGGGGUCUAUGUGGCCCUUAUCGCCUUCAUGGGCUGGCGUGCUAUGGCAGGGCUACGGCUGGUCGGGGCAGCCUGGCGCUGGACUGAGCUGGCGGCGGGCAGCGGUGCACUGCUCUUUAUCAUCUCAGACUUGACCAUCGCCCUUGACAAGUUUUGUUUUCCUGUGCCCUACUCUCGGGCACUCAUCAUGUCCACCUACUAUGCUGCCCAGAUGCUCAUCGCCCUGUCAGCUGUCGAGAGCCGGGAGCCAGUGGAAGACUACAGACUGCGCAAGGCCAACUGAGGGGCCAGGGUCUGGUCACCCCUCUCUCCUCCUGGGGCUGGGGUCCAGAACCUGGGAACCUGCAAGAGCUGGAUCAGAUGGCUACAGGACCAGACUGGGGAAGCAGGUGCCACUGGGGAAGUGUACAAGUUUGAGGGAGUCAACAGGAAGAGGAUCCCUCUAGCAAAGCUUAGUGGUCCAGGACAAUGCUGAGAGCUAGAAAGAGCCAAAAGUAGCCAUCUCCCCACCUCCACCCCAUCGGGACUGUCAGAGCCCCUCUGGAGGGCAAUGGUGCUCAGCUUCUUGACCUCCCCCUACUUCUGCUAGAUGGAAGAGUCUUACUCACCCACUCCCACUCUUUCUAACCUGCACAGAGUUGGAAGAGGGGAGAAGUCUGUGCUGAGAUGACCUGGGCCCAGGGCUUGAAGCCCCUUUCACAGGCCUCUCGUUGGGAAGACUGGGUGAAGGUGGAGUCUUCUUUUCCCUCCUCUAUCCUUGUUACUUGAACAAUCUCAGUCUCUAAGUGGUGGGUGGGAAGGUGAAGGGGUGUCUGUCCAGGUAGGCAAGACUGGGGACCUGUUUGGCCUGAGAGCUUGGGGUACCAAGGAUUCAAGUUGGUCUCGUCUCUCUCAAAGGCCAGCCCAGGGCUCAGGCCCCAAACCACCACCCUCAGACCCUAUCCCCAGGGCUAGGGUGAACCAUGCCAAAGGAAGGGGCCAGCUGUGUGUGUGUGCGCGCGUGCGUGUGUGUGUGCACGGGUGCACGUCUGUAGUUUGUCUCUCAGCCCUUCUAUGUCUUUCUCUGCCAUAUGUCUCUAUCCUGCUGUCUGUUAAAGUCUUACAGGGAGAGGGCUUCAGGGAGCUGCUGAGGGGGUGCCGCGCCUAGCUCAGUGAGCUGGGACCCCCACGCCUCCCCCUCCACUCAGUGCUUUCCUGCCUGCCCCUCCUGCACUGGGAGCAAGAGGAGGGGGCUCCAAUGACACUCUAGGGUCAUAAGACCUAAGGCACAUGCAAUGCAAGGGGAGCAAGGAUGGGACAACUCCAUCCUUUACUUCCCAUAUAAAAAUAAAAAUAAAAAUCAAGGGCAACUGGUUGCCCUGCUUGUCUA